GCCAGUGCAGUCGGACUCUGCGGCGCCGCUUUUUCUGAUCAGGACUACAUUUCCCAGUGGCCCCCGCGAGCACUGGGCCGGCGGCCCCUUUGUGUCCUCCGGAGGCCCAGUCGCUCCUUUCCCGGCCCGCAGGGGUGGGUUCCCAUUAGACUCUUAGGGCUGGAGGUGGGCCGGAGUAGAUUGCCCGAGCCUUCGGGGCGGGGACGGGAUCUUCCCGCAGUUCACUUCUGCAGGUAGGGAAAGGGCUGAGGAGUGGCCUGUGGGUCCCCCGGACGUCGGUUCCCGGGGCCCUCGGUUUGACUCCAGGUGGUGCCAAGUUUCAGAACCACUAGUCUGUUGGAGAGGAGAAAGACUGUGGAGUCAAGAAGACCUUUGUUUGAUCUUGGUACUGUUAUUCAUUGAUUGUGUGUCUUUAUGCAAAUGAUUAGAUUCCUUGGAGUCCUUAUCUGUAAAAAUCUAUUGCUAAAAUAAUAAAUUAGGAAGUGAUUUAGGCAUGGGUUAAAUUGUAUGCAAACAAAUUUCUUAGGUCUCCAGUAUGCUUUCUCUCUAUUGGAAGGAAGGGUGCAAGAGGAGGGAAGAGAAACUGAAAAAUUAUAGGCUGGUGUUUCUAGAUGCUGCAAGAAAAUCCUAGUUUUUCAUCUCAGUCAUAUAAGGACACUGCCAUUUCCCACGAGAAGAGCCAAGAGGAGGAAAGAAUGGCUGUUGGACUUCUUAAAGCCAUGUACCAGGAGUUGGUGACCUUCAGAGAUGUGGCUGUAGACUUCUCCCAAGAGGAGUGGGAUUGUCUAAAUUCUUCUCAAAGGCAUCUGUACAGUAAUGUGAUGUUGGAGAAUUAUAGAAUCUUGGUGUCCUUAGGACUCUGCUUUUCUAAGCCAAGUGUGAUAUUAUUGUUGGAACAAGGGAAAGAGCCCUGGAUGGUGAAGAGAGAGCUGGCAAAAGGCUUGUGCUCAGGCUGGGAAUCUAUGUGUGAGACUGAAGAACUAACUUCAAAGCAGGACAUCUAUGAAGCACAAUCAUCACAAAAGAUAAUAGAAAAACUUACAAGCUAUAGCCUUGAGUAUUCUAGUUUAAGAGAAGAAUGGAAAUGUGAGGGCCAUUUUGAGAGACAGCCAGGAAGUGAGAAGGCAUGUUUCAAGGAAGAGACAAUCACUGAUGAAGAAGCCCGUAUUAAUAGAAGAGCACAAGAAUAUAACAAAUCUUGGGGAAGUUUCCAUCCAAACACAUUGCUUCAUACACAACAGAUAAUCACCAAAGAGGAGAAAGUACAUAAACAUAAUACACAUAAGAAAAGCUUUAAAAGAAAUUUAAUGGCCGUUAAGCCCAAGAGUAUCUAUACAGAGAAGAAACUUUUGAAAUGUAAUGACUGUGAAAAAGUCUUUAGCCAGAGCUCAUCUCUUACUCUUCAUCAAAGAAUUCAUACUGGAGAGAAACCAUAUAAAUGUAUAGAAUGUGGAAAAGCCUUCAGCCAGCGAUCAAAUCUUGUUCAACAUCAGAGGAUUCAUACUGGAGAGAAACCCUAUGAAUGUAAGGAAUGUAGGAAAGCCUUCAGUCAGAAUGCACAUCUUGUUCAACAUCUUAGAGUUCAUACUGGAGAAAAACCUUAUGAAUGCAAGGUAUGUAGGAAAGCCUUUAGCCAGUUUGCUUACCUUGCUCAACAUCAGAGAGUUCAUACUGGAGAGAAACCUUACGAAUGUAUUGAAUGUGGGAAAGCAUUUAGCAAUCGAUCAUCCAUUGCUCAACAUCAGAGAGUUCAUACUGGUGAGAAGCCUUAUGAAUGUAAUGUCUGUGGGAAAGCAUUUAGCCUUCGUGCAUACCUUACUGUACACCAGAGAAUACAUACUGGGGAGAGACCCUAUGAAUGUAAGGAAUGUGGAAAGGCUUUCAGCCAGAAUUCACAUCUUGCUCAACAUCAGAGAAUUCAUACUGGAGAAAAACCUUAUAAAUGUCAAGAAUGUAGGAAAGCAUUCAGCCAGAUUGCCUACCUUGCCCAACAUCAAAGAGUUCAUACUGGAGAGAAACCCUAUGAAUGUAUUAAAUGUGGGAAGGCUUUUAGCAAUGACUCAUCCCUUACUCAACAUCAGAGAGUUCAUACUGGAGAGAAGCCUUAUGAAUGUAAUGUUUGUGGAAAGGCUUUUAGUUACUGUGGAUCCCUUGCCCAACAUCAGAGAAUUCAUACUGGAGAGAGACCCUAUGAAUGUAAGGAAUGCAAGAAAACUUUCAGGCAGCAUGCACACCUUGCUCAUCAUCAGAGAAUCCAUCUUGGGGAGUCACUCUCACCACCCAAUCCAGUCAAUCACCAAGUCCUCUAGACACUAUCUCAUAAAUAUUCCCAGAAUUUAUACUCUUUUCUCUCUCUCUAAUGUUGUUGCCCUAGUCUAAGAUUUAUCUCACUUGGAUCACCAUGCUGUAGCUUUCUAACAGGUCUUCCUAUAUCAACUUUGGUCCCCUUAAAUUCAUUUCCCACCAUACCCCAAACUUAUUUUUUUCUUUUGGAGUAUAAGAAUACAUCACUGCCUCCAUUUAAAACUUUUUUUUUUUUUUUUUUGGUUUACUGUUGUUCUUAAGCUAAUAUCCACAGUCUGAAAAUUGUCUAUGAGGCACUUCAUUAUAUGAUUCUUAUAUACCUUUUGGCCUUAUUUUAUUCCAGUCUCCUUAUCUGAGCACUAGGCACUUACCAGGACUAAGAGCUUCGAUUCUGGAAAAUCAUAGCUCUACCACUACUGUGGCAUUGUGUGACUUUGAGUAAUUUGUUUGACUUGUACAAACCUCAGGGUUUUCUUUAAUUCUUAAAAUAGGGAUAAUAAAGGAUACUGUAUUGUAGAAAUGUGAUUAUUAAAUGAAAUAGUGUCUGUUGUAGAUUGAUACAUAUUAAGUAAUAAAUUUGCAUGUAAAGUGCUUCACAUAGCACAUCAAAUAUAGCAGAUAUCCAAUAAAUCAUAAUAGCUAACAUGUAUUGAGUGUGUACUAUGCAUCAGGCACUGUUCUACAUACUCAACAUAUAUUAGCUCACUCCUCUCACAACUAGAAGAAAAUUCCUAGGGAGACAAGUAACAUCCCUGAGAGGCAGCAGGUCAGAAUUGAGAAAACCCCAAAAUUUUAGAAACAGAAGUGGAGUCUUAUAUUCUAGAUAAGUAAUCAAUACAGACACAUGUAAUAGAACUAUUCACACCUUCAGCCAGUUUCAGGAAGUUUCUAAAGAGAGUUAGAUAAACUAAUCAACAUAAAGAAAAUGAUUCACUGAGAAGAAUACAGAACUCACAUUUACAUCAAGAAAAAAAUAGAGUAUCACAACUAACUGCAAAAAAACAAUAAACAUAGAAAUUCAUACUAUCCCAUAAAAAGGCACCAAGCCCAGGCAAUUGUAUUGGGUGAAUUUAGGUAAAUUUAAAAGCAUUUAAAUUGCUUCAUACCACAGAAAAAUUAUAAAGUUUGUAAAAUUUUAACUAGUGGUUGUAAAAUUGAAACCAAAAGUGAACUGAAGGAAAAAAGUUAGACAAAUAUAUAUAGGCUUUCAUAUAUAUGUAUUUUAUAGAUUUCAAAUAUAUAUAUGCUUCCACUCAUUCAGUGAAUAUUGAGUAGCUACUGUUUGUUCAAAACUUUUAUAUAUGAGGAGACAAUGAUCCAUACUAAGAUUAUAUCCUCAUAGAGUUAAAUUGAAGUUCGAAGGCUGAAAUUGUUUAUACUUAAAUAUAAAACAAUAGAUUUUCUAGACCCAGCAAAAUGAAUAAUAAACUGAGGAGUAUCAUAUAGUCCAGGCUGAAUAGACUCAGGAUAAUAAAGUUGUUAUUACCAAUUCACAAAUUCACUGCAGUUAGAACCAAAAUUCCUCAGGUCUUUUUGCCCUUUAAUUUCACAACUUUGUUCUGAAAUUCAUGAAGUGUGAAUUGUUAAGAGCAAGAAAAUUGUUGAAUCUGACCUAUUUGUAGAAGUUCUGCAUAUGAUAAACAUGGUUUAUCCCUAUAGAGAAUGGAUGGAGUUGGAGCUAUUAGAAUAUUUGUUUAUAUCCAUCACAGUAAGGGAUAUGCAAAUAAAACCACAGUGAACUCUUUCAAAAUCAUCACUUUGCCAAAAGCAUCACAGAGCCAAUUACUGGAAACAUGUGGAGCAGUAGGAAUGUUCAUACAGUGCUAUUGGAAGUAGUUGUAUUUAGGAUAAUUUAGCAAUAUCUAGUAAAGUUGAAAAUGUGGAUACUCUCUGACCCAGCAGUUCCAUACUUAAACCUCUGAUAGUCUCUCCUCAUGUGUUUAGGGUGAUAUACAUGAAAGUCUAUUUCAGCAUUAUUUGAGAAUGAAAAGCUUAAAGCAAUCAAAAUAACCAUUAGGGUGGAUAUAAGCUAUAGCCCAAGUUAAAACGAAUGAAGUAGAACUACUUCUAUUAACAUGGAUAAAUCUUAAUAAUGAAAUUGAACUAGGGAGUAUUUUGUAUGAGAUGGUACCACAUAUAAAUUUUAAAAAUAUGCAAAUUGAUGCUAUGUGUAUUUUCCAUGGCUAAAUAUCAUAGAUUUAUUGUUACAACAGUCACGGAAAUAAUAAUUAAAUCCAAAACAGUGGUGACAUCUGGAGGGGGAGAAAAAUGAGACUGAGAAAAGGAGGCAAAAGGGAGAUACCUUUUAAUCAUUUAUUUCUUUAAAAAAUAAGCAAAUAUGGCCAAUUCUUAUAAAUUGAUAAAGCUGGUUGUUGGUUUAUAGGUAGGUUCUUAUUCUCUGUAUCAAUUUCAUAAUAAAAAAUAAAGAACAGUUAAAUAUUG